AUCGAUGGUCGUUUUUUCAUGUAUAAUUCUUCAAAGAUUUCGAAUUUUGCGAGUAGACCGAGGAACGAUUUUUAUUCCGAUUCAUCGCAUCGGAGCAAUCAUUUGAUAUGUAUGUAUGUACAUAUGGUACAAUCAGUUGAGAUAUUUCGUUUUAACGUUCAAAUGCGAGUAAUUGAAAGUUUGCAUAAUAAAGAAAAGCAUCAACAAGAAGACUAUACGUAUGUGCAUUGUACAAUUAAUGUAUACUUGGAAUCUUGAAACGUAUAUCUUUACUUGUAAAUUGUUCCUUUUUCUCUUAUAUUCGUAGACGAACAGACUGCAAAAAUGUACCGUAAGAAUGUUUGAUAAAUAAUCGACGUUAUGCCCAUUUGCCAAUAUGAAUACGUGCACUGACACGCGCGCGCGCGCGCACACACACACACACGCGCGCGCGCGCGUAAUUACAGUUGUAUCGGCGUUGAUCUUAUUGCAAUUUGUACGUAAUGUAGCUCAUACGAUUUCGUAGACAAUAUCUAAUGUACGAAAUUAUAUAUCGUUCGUCCCUGUAGAUCCACAGAUUCAGAUAAAUUGAAACGCGGUUGUGUGACGGUUGGUUGGCUGCAUUUUAGUUUAGUCGGUUAACGGUUAGAGGCGAUCGAACAUCGUCAAAGAAAAAAAUGAUUUUUACGGGUUUAACGUAACAUACCGUCCACACGUAAAUUUUGUCGAAGCUAGUCGAAUGACUCGAAUCAAUCGAUAACCCAUUCCGAAAAUUGAAUCGUUAACAAAGUAAUCCUGUGAAAUAAUUACAGUGAUCAGAUUUGAACGAUAUUUAAGUAACGAGAUGUCGCGGUUCAUUUGCUACACUACCAUUGCGUUAUCAUUCUUGUUUGCUUCAACGUGCCCGAUAGAAGUAAAUGACAUUUAUAAUUACAUAUUACUAAUCACGGAUGUUUACAAUUAUUAUCGAACAACUUGCAUCAUAAUCGUGCGUUCCGAAAGUUGUACCAGUUUCAACGAAACGACUCUGACGCAAAUAUGGUUUCGUUCGUUCUCCCGCAGAGGCAUCUUGACCAUGAUCGUAAGCUUUUCCAAUUUGUCGCGCGAGACUAAGAAAUAUCAAAACUACAUCGUACGUCCUCUGUAUGUGGUCCUCCUCACUACAAACGAGACGAUGAAUCAAUUCGCAUUGGCUACCAAACAUAUCGAUAUCUCUUUUCCCGUGUGGUUCGUCAUGUUCCUACCUUACCGGGAGAAUCCUAUGAAGAGUUUCUGUCGUGAUCCGGCCGGGACCGGGACCAUGAGCGAGAAAGAGAAAUGGAAUGGGAAAGGGAAAGGGAAAGGAAAAGGAAAAGGAAAAGGAAAAGGAAAAGGAAAUGGAAAAGGAAAAGGAAAAGGGAAUCCGUUUAAUUUGGCGUUCGAUACCGAAAUGUUGGUGCUCUGUUACGACAUGCCAAUUCUAACGGAAUGGUACGCGUUGCGCGAUAAUCUUACCAAAGUCUUUAAUCUGGCCGUAUGGAAACCUGGCGGGGAAUUCAAUUUGAGAACGAAUAGCAGCCUGUACGCUAGGAGGAGCAACAUGCACGGUGAAGUUAUGCGUAUAGCCUACGUCAAGGUAUCCCCGUUCAUCGCAAUGAAAGACGGAGCUCUUACGCAGUUUCUUGGCGGUGUGAUGCACGAGUUAAGCAAGUCGAUGAACUUUACAAUCAAAGUGACCAGUACUUCGGAAGUGUACGGUAAUUGGAACGAAGAGAAGAAAAGCUGGACCGGUGUGAUAGGCGAAGUAGUGUCACGAAUGGUCGAUUUCGGCAUCGCAGAGUUCAGCAUAAGCAACGCUAGACUGGAUGCAGUCGACUUUACGUUACCAUUGAUCUUAUCACGUAACAAAGUGUACUUUCAAAAACCAGAUGCCUCUUCCGUCCAGUGGUCUGCCUAUUUCAAGACGUUCAAAAUGGAUAUUUGGACAGCGAUAAUAUGUACAAUCGUAUCCGUCCCAAUUCUUUUAACGUUUAUAAAGACGAGAGGUCGAAUCGUCCCGAACAUUAUCGUGGACAAUUACAUAAACGUUUGGGGGAUUUUUUGUCAGCAGGGCGUCUCAGAGUUUCCAGAGGAGACCUCGUCGAGAUUGGCUCUUCUCUCAAUCUUUCUGACAGCAUUGGUUAUCCUGUCUGCCUAUUCCGCUUCGUUGAUCAGUUUUCUGACUCUCUCCAUGGUCAGUCUGCCGUUCUCUACUCUCGAGGAAUUCGCACGUCACGGCUCGUACAAGUUGAUCGUGUUCAAAAACAGCGCCGAUUACGACAUGAUAGUUUCUGCCAACGACACCAUGUCGUCGAGUUUGAAGAGGUUGUUGAAGAAGAAACAGGACCUACCUCUGACAGUGUUGGAUGCCUUUCAACAGGUUUGUUCGGAAAAAGUGGGAUUCUACGUAACAGAAGCGAUACAGAACACCAUGGAUCGUGUGCCUUGCGAAGUUGCCUACAUAGAAGCCGACAAGAUCGACAGUUUGGCACUGGUCUUGAAUAAAGGCAGCCCUUAUACAGGAUUAGUAAAUUAUCAGUUGCAACGGUUCAAAGAUAACGGAGUACUGAACAAGCUGAGAAAAACGUUUCUCAUAGUAACCACUUGUCGCGAGACCGGAUAUCCCGUGGUUACAUUGGGUGGCGUUGCGCCUAUCUUAGCUGUGCUGGCUGGUGGAAUGAUUUUAGGGUGCAUUAUAUUGGCACUGGAAAAGAUGUAUUACUACAGUUGGGACCAUAAUCGCGAAGAAACUGUAGAAUUUAUUCGAAUAUCGGACGAGAUGAGACGGCUCGAACGAAAUUUCUCCAAUAGUCGAACAGAACCGAACAGAAGAAUAGAAGAACAGAGAAAGAAAGAGUGAAACGAGUCGAAAAUCUCCCUUUAUAGAGUUAUACGUUACACUAUACUCGUACGUACUUGUCGUUAUCAUAUAAUUGUAUGUAUUAUAUAUUAUGCAUAUCGAUGAUGUAGGUAUCGAUCAUCAAAUUGCAGUCGUUUGAUAUUAUGUAUGUAAAUGCUCAACUACCUUUUCAAAACUUAUCGGAACUCGAGAAUUAGG